AUCGGUAAAUUUGCUGUGAAACGGGAUCCACUGGAACGAGCGGUACAGGGAUGCGGCAACGUUUUUGCAGGCGCUGCUGCAGCUACCCUGAUACCUUCUCCUUGAGAUACCGAAUAUAGAUAGCACCUGUGCCCCUCUGCUGAGAGUGAGAUCGUCGAUGGAGAAGAGGGGAGAGGAGGCGAACGUCCCUCUGCUGGAGCCUCGAGGAGAUGGCGGUAGCGGCAGCAGCAGCAAGGCGGAGCCGUCCUCGUCGCUGGGGCGUCGCGUGUGGGAGGAGAACAAGAAGCUGUGGGUGGUGGCCGGGCCGUCCAUCUUCACGCGAUUCUCCUCCUUCGGCGUGACCGUCAUCAGCCAGGCCUUCAUCGGCCACAUCGGCGCCACCGAGCUCGCCGCCUACGCGCUCGUCUCCACCGUCCUCAUGCGCUUCAGCAACGGCAUACUGCUGGGCAUGGCGAGCGCACUGGAGACACUGUGCGGCCAGUCCUACGGUGCCAAGCAGUACCACAUGCUGGGCAUCUACCUGCAGCGCUCCUGGAUCAUCCUCUUCGCCUGCGCUGUCCUCCUCCUCCCAGUCUACCUCUUCACCGAGCCGCUUCUCGUCACCCUUGGCCAGGAUCUCAAAAUCUCUGCUGUGGCCGGCACCAUCUCGCUCUGGUACAUCCCGGUCAUGUUCUCCUAUGUCUGGAGCUUCACGGUUCAGAUGUACCUGCAGGCGCAGAGCAAGAACAUCAUCAUCACCUACCUCGCCAUGCUCAACCUAAGCCUCCACCUAACUCUGUCAUGGCUCAUGACGGUCAAGUUCCAGCUCGGCCUCGCCGGGGUCAUGGGCUCCAUGGUCAUCGCCAUGUGGAUCCCGGUGUUUGGGCAGCUUGCUUUCGUCUUCUUCGGCGGUUGCCCUCUCACAUGGACAGGGUUCUCCUCUGCUGCAUUCACCGACCUUGGUGCCAUCAUCAAGCUCUCGCUAUCUUCUGGUGUGAUGCUCUGUUUGGAAUUGUGGUACAACACCAUAUUGGUGCUCCUCACAGGGUACAUGAAGAAUGCAGAGAUUGCACUUGAUGCCCUUUCAAUAUGCCUUAAUAUCAAUGGUUGGGAGAUGAUGAUCUCAAUUGGCUUUUUGGCUGCAACAGGAGUGCGAGUGGCAAAUGAGCUUGGAGCUGGAAGUGCAAGAAGGGCCAAGUUCGCCAUCAUCAAUGUGGUCACCACUUCUUUCUUGAUUGGAUUUGUGUUGUUCAUGCUCUUCCUUCUCUUCCGUGGAAGUCUUGCCUACAUAUUUACUGAGAGUCGAGCGGUAGCCGAUGCAGUUGCUGACCUUUCGCCUCUUCUAGCCUUCUCCAUUUUGUUGAACAGUGUUCAACCAGUAUUAUCAGGUGUUGCCGUUGGUGCGGGCUGGCAAAGUGUAGUGGCCUAUGUUAACAUUACAUCAUACUACUUGAUUGGCAUCCCUCUUGGAGCCAUACUAGGCUAUGUGGUGGGAUUUCAUGUAAAGGGCAUUUGGAUUGGCAUGCUGCUCGGAACACUAGUCCAAACUAUUGUGCUUCUGUUCAUAACAUUAAGGACCAACUGGGAAAAACAGGUGGAGGUUGCUCAAGAGAGAUUGAAGAGAUGGUACAUGGAAGAGAACAGAAGACUGCAAGGCUCGAGGGGAAAUCCUUGAACCGGCCCUUCAAAGUGGGGCAUUGUGGGUCGUAAAAAGGAUGUGCUCGGCGUUUGAGACUUUUCGGCAGAUACACACAUAUUUUAACCAUCUCAAGAAUGAAAUGAGGGAAUUUUAGCCUAUCCAGAUGGUUUUUUCUUCAUCAAAUGAGAAUGUAUUGGGUAUGUUCGUUCCUCUUCAAGCCAAGCAACGAAAUCGAUUGUCUGCAGUAGUGAUUCUCCAGAAGAAAAACACUACAUUAUUUCCAGUGGCACGGCAUAUGCAUGCGAGUCUAUGCUCACUAACUGCAAGUUUGGCAAAAAUGAUUCUCUGAAUUAAUUUUGGAGAAUGCUAGUGUUUCAUCAGAGCAGUGGUUGUGGUUUGGGCAUUUGUAACAUUUCGCAUGUGUAUACUUGCACAUAAUUAGUUGGGACAUGUGAACCCAUUGAACCCUUGUUUACUUA